AUGGAUGGAACCGUCCUGCCCAGCCUCCCAGGGCUGAAGCUCUAUACGCCACGAGACAAAGUUGACGCAGAGGCCAUUGUACAAGACUGGCUCUCUCGCCUACAGGAGUGCCUCGACCAAAAACAUUUUGACAAUUUAUCGGAGCUCUUCAUCAAAGACUGCUGGUGGCGAGACGUCCUGGGCUUGGCCUGGGACUUUGCAACAAAGCGAGGCCAGGAUGAGAUGGGCUCUUUUUUUAACAACAGCAAAGCCUCCAUCAAAGACCUCAAAGCAUGCGACAAUGGCGGCCUGAAGCCUGCGCUUAUUGAGUGGGCGGGCCAGGCUUGGGUUCAGGCGGCGUUUACCUUUCGCAACGAGCACGGCAAAGGUCGUGGCGUGGUGCGUCUGGAGAAUGACGUCGAGACACGUUGGAAAGCCUGGACAGUCUAUACCGAGCUGGAGGAGCUGCAUAGUCAAAAGGAAGUGGAAGUCCGCCGACUUCAGAGCCGAGCAGCACGGGAAAAAGAGCCGCAGGUCAAUGGCACCAGUCAUGCCAGCAGAGAGGAGGCAGACGUGCUCAUUGUUGGCGCAGGCCAAGCUGGAGUCUCCCUUGGUGCCCGUCUCAAGCACAUGGGAGUCAAUGCUGUCUUAAUUGAAAGGCACCCUGCAGUCGGUGAUGCCUGGAGAGCUCGUUACGACUCGGUAACCCUCAAUACACCAACCUUUACAGAUCACUACCCCUUUAUGAAGUAUCCAGAAAACUGGCCCGAAUGGCUAACUGGCCGCCAAUGCGCCGACUUUUUGGAGCACUAUUCGCAGCUCAUGGGCUUGGACGUGCUGCUAAACACCACUGUCACAUCAGUCCAGCGUUCCGGCGACCGAUUCACGGUUACAGCCCAGGGACCGCAGGGCACGCAAGAGUUUCAGCCUCGGCACGUGGUGCUCGCCACCGGCGUCUACGGCGACAAGCCGCUCAUCCCGCAGUUCCCCGGCCAAGAGCGCUUCCAGGGCACCAUCUACCACUCGAGCCAGCGCAAGUCGGGCAGCCUCGUGCCGGACCUCUCGCAGAAGCGCGUCGUCGUCAUUGGCUGCAGCACCAGCGGCCACGACGUUGCGCAAGACUUUGUCAACUGCGGCGCCAAGCAAGUUGUCAUGGUGCAGCGCCACCCCAUUUUCACCCUGUCGACCGACUCGUGGAAGACGCUGCAGCUGGGGCUGUGGAACAUGCCCGGCCUGACGACCGAGGAGGCGGACAUUGUGGGAAACUCGCUCCCGAUUGCCGUGGUGCGGACAAUGAGCAUCGGGUUGACGCGCGCGGCGGCGGACAUGGACAAGGCGCUGCUCGAUGGCCUGCGCGCGGCGGGCAUGGCGCUGCGCACGGGGGACGACGGCUACGGGCUCGCGGACCAUCAGCUGAUCAAAGGCGGCCACUACUAUGUCGAUCAGGGCGCGUGUGCCAUGAUUGCGGAUGGCCGUAUCCGGGUGCACCGCUGCGAGGACGGCGUGCGCGAGAUAAGCGAGACGGCGGUGGUGCUGGCCGACGGGACCAGCAUCGAGGCGGACGUCGUCGUCUUGGCGACGGGCUUUGAAAAGAACAUUGAAAAUGUCCGCGCGCUCAUGGGCGACGAGGUGGCGAAUCAGCUAGUCGGGUUUGGAGACUUGGACGCCGAGCAGGAGAGGACCGGGUGGUGGCGGCCGACGGGUGUAGAGGGCUUCUGGUACAUGACUGGUAGCUUCCUGUGGUGUCGUCAGUUUUCGCGGGUUUUGGCUUUGCAGAUUGCAGCCAAUCUUGAAAAGUAG